AUGCACAACCUCGGCCACACCGGAAUAUCGAGAACCGCCGGCUACAAUGCACCAGAGCACGGAUCACACGGCAACUACAACGAGCUCGUCGAUAUCUUCUCGUUUGGCGUUAUGAUGUUUGAGAUCAUCACCGGUGAAUACUUUCUAAACUAUUUCGGUAAUCCCAACUUCCAUUGGUCCGACAUCGAUAUGCACGCCUCCGUAAAGAAAUUGAACGAGAGUAUGACAAACACCACACCAGAGAAAAGACCACAAUCGAUGACCGAAAUCAAAGUCAGCUUAGAACGUAUACUUCAAGACUACAGAACUCAGAAAUGGGAGAUGAAAGAUUAUUCAAAUCUUCAUACAAAAAAGAAAUAA